AUGGAAUCGCUCUCUCGGACUUUACCAGCCUCUUGGUUUUGUAGCCCUGCGCUUUAUCAGCUAGAACGAAGAGCUGUAUUUCUCAAGUCAUGGCAUUUUCUCGGUCCCGUGACUCGAUUUCAGAAUCGAAGGGAGCCGGUCACAUACGAGAUUGCCCAAGCGAGAGAAAUCAAAUACCACCUUACGCCCAGCGGUUUACUCUUCUCCACAUUAUCGCACAACGCUCCACCUUUUGAAAAGUACUUCGCCGGGCUAGAAGCUCUCACGAACACCGUCGAUUUCACCAAGCUUCCCCACCGCCGCAGCAUCUCUUACUCCGGGCGCUUCAACUGGAAGACCAUGAUCGACGGUUUCCAAGAAUGCCUUCACUGCCAAUACACGCACCCGACCUUCUCCAAAUUCUACCCACCCACCUUCUACUCCGUCACCAACCAUUGCACCUUCAGUCAACACAUCGCCGACCCCUCCAAACCCUCCGACGGGCUCUUCCUCUACUUCUUCCCGAUCUGCACUUUGAACGUCUACGGCGGAGGCAUGUCAUCCUUCCGCACCUGCCCUGCCCCUGAACCUGGCAUGAGCAGAAUGGAGUUCGAUUAUUAUCAUAAUGGUACAGAUGAGGAGUUUGAAGAGUACUUCAAAUUUGUGAGGCAGGUUGCAGUGGAGGAUUUCGAGCUUUGCGAGAAGGCGCAACAGGGGUUGGAGGGGGGCGUUUAUGGCGAAGGGGUCUUGAAUCCGGAUAAGGAGAAUGGGGUGCUGUUUUAUCAGAGGCGGGUUAGGGAGUGUGUUUAUCGGCAGUUUGAUGCGGAGAAGAGGGAGAAGGAGGAGCAGAGGGAGGAGAUGGUGGGUGAGGGGAUGCAAGGUUCCGGGGAGAGUGCUGGCGGGGCUGUUGCAGUGCAGUAG